GUUUUCGGUAAAUAAAGAAGGUUUAUUACACUUUUAACAUUUUUAUUUUGUUCUCAUUACGUUACAUGCGAAAUAAUUUCAAUUCCAUUUUGUAAAUAUAUCCAUUAGAAGAAUUGUGACGUCAUUAAAUGAAAACAAAGAAAACAAACUAAACUUAAUUUAUAUAUUGAUACAAAUUAAAAUCUGCAAUAAAAAAAUGAUAUUCGCAAGACUGCUAAAACUAGAGAUGUUUUUUUGAAGUUCUUACAUCUAACAUUGAAAAAUGACAUUACCAACUGCUCACCUAUCAAGUGCUUCAAGUGUUCCGUCAAAUUUAAAUCAAGAAGAAGAUGAAUUGCAAGAAAAGCCAUCUCGAUCAAGAGUGCAUAAACUUUCCAAAAGAUUGUCAUCCACAUUUAGAUCAACAUUAUCUUUGAGUAAGGAUGCAAAUCAUCAAGUUAAUGGUAUGGAACAUAGUGAUAUUAUACACAAACCAGAGAAAACAGCAUCAUUGUUUAAAGGUUUUUCGAUGCAAAAUUUUUUUGAAAAUAAUGAACAUGUGUUAAAAGGUCGAUCCAAAUCUCUUCUACAAGAUAAAACAGAGUGUGAAGUUAAAACUUAUAGAGCUAUUACAACACCACCGUCAUUUGCGCGGUCAUCUAAGCCCUAUGGAAAGCUAGAUCAAUAUAUGAAACUUGAAAGACUUGGGGAGGGAUCAUAUGCUACUGUAUAUAAGGGAGUUAGUAGAUCACACCAUAUAAUGGUUGCAAUGAAGGAGAUACGUUUACAAGAAGAAGAAGGAAUUCCAUUUACAGCGAUUAGAGAAGCAUCAUUGUUAAAAGAGCUUAAACACGCUAAUAUUGUGACCUUGCAUGACAUUAUACCAACAAAGGAGCAUCUUGUACUAGUAUUUGAAUACUUGCACACUGAUCUAAGCAUAUAUUUAGAAGAAAGACCAUUUGGACUUCACCCUACUAAUGUUAAGCUUUUACUAUUUCAACUUCUGAGAGGUGUUCGAUAUAUUCACAAGAAAAAAAUUCUUCAUAGAGACUUAAAACCACAAAAUGUACUUCUUAAUAAAAAAGGAGAGUUGAAGUUAGCUGACUUUGGCUUAGCUCGUGCAAAAUCUGUACCCAGCCAUACUUACACAAAUGAAAUUGUAACACUCUGGUAUCGUCCUCCAGAUGUUUUGUUAGGGUCUACAGAAUACAGUACCUCGCUGGACAUGUGGGGUGUUGGCUGCAUAUUUGUGGAAUUGGUAUGUGGUAUUCCAUUGUUUCCUGGUGUGAAAAGUCCACAUGAUCAGUUGACAAAAAUUUUCCGGGUUUGCGGAACACCACUUAGUUGGCCUAAUACAAAAAAAUGUGUUUAUAAACCAAGUGACUUUGAAAUAUAUCCUAAAACACAAAUAUCAAAGUCUGCAAAACGUUUGCUCACAAUACCGUUCAGCGAGAGUCUAGCUGAACAGUUUAUACAGUUGCAGCCAGAAAAUAGAAUAUCAGCUGAAGAAGCGAUGAACCAUGAGUAUUUUAAGGAUUUACCAGAAGAAAUUUUUAGUCUCGUUGAUUAUGCAUCUAUUUUUAUUGUAAAAGGAAUAAAAAUGUGCAAAGACCAUAAAAGAUUUUCUACCGCUAAAAACUCAAAGUCCUUUGGUCAGUUCGUUUAAUACACGGUUAUUAUGUUUUUUGUUAAUGUGUAUAUAUUUUAAUUUUUACUUUGACGAUUUCAAGUGACUACAAAAAAAAUGAUGCAGGUUGAUCGAAAAAGAGAUAAUAAACUAUUUUCAUCAGUUAAUAUGGUUGUAUAAAGCAAAUGUUUCUUGGUUGUUUUAUUCUUCCAAGAGUUUUUUUUUUUUUUUUCCAAGAGUUAUUUAUUCAAGUUAACAACUAUUUAUUUUCUAUGAGAACUUUUUAAAUAUUUUAAGGAAAGAAUGUUUUAUUUUUCAUUUAUUUUUAUUCAUUUUCAUUUUUCAUUUAUUUUGUUUUGGAAGUUUAAAAAUUAUGAUGAAUAUUAUAUAUUUGAUAAUAUAUAUAUUUUUUUAAAACUGAUAAUACUAUUAGGACGUUAGCAGACGACUAACAAAACUGUUUUUUAUGCUAGCGUUGAGUUUUAUUUUUAUAAACAGAUUUUUUAUGCGCAAUUGAUUUUUAUGCGUAUACCAAAAUUUUAUUAUCCUUUGAGGUCUGAUUUAUCAUUUGUUACACAUUAUUUUGUGGUGAUUAUUGUGAAAAAUUGGUUAAAAUUUAUAGGUUAAAAAACUACAAAUGUUUUUAUUAGUGUUUAAAAAGAUAACAGCUAUAAAGGGUUUCUUUGAAACAUGUACACAUAGUCUGAUAAAGGUAUCGUGUAUUGUGGUCUAGUUUAUUUUUAUUUCUUGACUACGUAAAAAUAUAUUGUAUUAUAACUUUUAGCAAUUUAUUUAAUAUAUUGUUUAUAAAGUUGAAAUAUGUAUUAAUAUUAUGUAUAAAUAUUUGCUUU